AUGUUGCUGCACAAGCUCUUCUGCUCCAACGAGAGAAGCGGCUGCUUCUGCCAGCCGAGUCCUCGAAAUGUGCGGUGCUGCUGCGUUGGCCGGGACGUCGGCGAGCUGUCUGCGAAUAUGAGCACCCGGGUCAAAACGCUUAUCAUUUACAACACCUCAAUCACGACAAUCGACGGUUCGACCUUUGACCGAUAUCGAAAUCUGGAAGAAAUCGACAUUUCCCACCUCGACCAUCUGACCUCCUUCAACGCGUCCGCCGGGCGGAACCUCGGGAAUUUGCGCAAAUUGGCAAUCAACUACUGCCCAAAACUCGAUGAGAUCCACGGCACGCUUCUCAAGGACAACCUGAAAAUGCAAACAUUGAUUAUCCGGAACACCGGCCUGAAGACGAUGCCGCAGCUGCAGAUGACGUACCGGAAUAAAAUGGAGGUGGAGGUCGACCUGUCCCACAACCAUCUGCAAUUCAUCGGCAAGGAGCGUAUCAGGGACUUGCGGGCUUCAUUAUUGCGACUCGACUACAACAAGCUGCUAGGCAUCGAGACGGCCGCUUUUCAGGGUAGUGCUAUUAUUGCAUUAAAUUUCUCCCACAACCCACACCUCAGCGAGCUCGACUCGGACGCUUUUCGCGACAUGGUGCAGCUGAAUAAAUUAGAUCUCUCCCAUACGGCCCUCCGUGAGCUGCCUACCGUAGGCCUGCGCAACGUCGAACAAGUACAGCUGCGGAACGUCGAAAACCUGAAGAAGCUGCCGCCAAUUUUCUCGUUUCGAAAACUGCAAAAAGCCGUCUUCACCUACCCACAUCAUUGCUGUUUGUUUAAGCACGUCGACUUCAAAGAAAACCUGCAAGAAGCCCGCGAGAUCAAGAAGCGCAUUUGCAAAGAUUUUGCGAAGACUAGGAAAUCCGCUACUCCAAAAGAGAAAACAACCCUAUCCUCAACGACCGCUCCACCCGGAAAUGGAUCCAAAAAUGCGGAUUUUUUCGAGAUGGCGAUGGCCCUAUUUGAGGCGGAUCUCGAGGUGGAGGAGGAGCCGGACUACGAUUUGCCACCUUUCGAGCCGGACGAGCUGGGAUUUGCGGGUUGCCUGGAGGAAGAGUCGCUAGAGGUAGUCCGAGAGUUCUACUCCUCCAUCGAAUGCACCCCCGAGCCCGAUGCUCUCAACCCGUGCGAAAAUAUUGUUGGGUAUCCCCUCCUGCGACGGGCCAUUUGGGUGGUGUGGAUUGCCGCAAUCGUCGGAAAUGCCCUGGUUUGGAUCGUGCUUUGGAUGGCGUACGAGCGUAGGAUGCGUGUCCACUACCUCUUUAUGUUGAAUUUAAGCGUGGCCGAUAUGGUGACAGGUGUGUACCUAGCCCUGCUGGCCAUCGAGGACAACCAGACGGCCGAUGAAUAUUAUCGAUAUGCGGUUGGGUGGCAGACUGGUUGGGGUUGCGCAACGGCUGGAUUUUUCGCCGUCUUCGCUUCACAACUCUCGAUUACCUCUAUGUUCUUCAUUGCUUUCGAAAUGGCGUACAAUACCAGGAAAGCAAUCUACGGUCGCCGACUUGGCUUAGGCUUCGGAAUACUGAUGCUUGCAGUCGGCUAUGUUUUAGCAGCUGUUAUGGCGGCCCUGCCGCUUUUUGGUAUCUCCAGUUACUCCACCUCUAGCAUUUGCCUGCCACUACGCGUUGAUACGCUCUGGGAUAAGAUCUACAUCCUCUUCGGACUCCUAUUCAACAUGAUCGCCUUCUCCGGGAUGGUCGUCUGCUACGUGUUCAUUUUCUGGAUGCUCAAAAUCGAGGACCCAGACGCUCCAAGCCGUCCAGAAGAUCGGGCAGUGAUCAAGAAAAUGGCGCUGCUCAUCGGGACCGACAUGAUUUGCUGGUUUCCCACCCUGUUCUUUGGCUUCACGGCCGCCCUCGGGUUCCCGCUCAUCUCGAUCUCGGACGCGAAGAUCUUCCUCGUCUUCUUCUUCCCGAUCAACUCGUUUAUGAACCCGUUUCUCUACGUGUUCUUCACAAAGGUAAUCCAGCGGCACGUGAAAAAGAAGGCCGUCCCUGCCAUCCAGCGCAUCGUCAGCAUGCCUGUGCUAUCAACAAUCUCCCAGUACUACACGCAUCCACCGAAUAGCCGUCGAAAAACGCACGAGGAGGACGCGCUGACGAGCACCAUGAACCAAAAAUUCCUCGGCGUUACGCAAACCACCGACACGUUGAGCCCGAGGUCUCAAAGAGGGUCAACUGGCGAUGCGGCUUUUGAUUUUGAUGAUGCGCCAUCGGGAAGCAGAUCUCCUCGCGUUUCCUUCCAAGACGAAAUCGAGAUGGCCGAAUUUUCGCGGGAUGGAGACGAGAUUGUUAGAGUACCCCUGGCUCCGCCGAUCGUCCGGAAACGCACGAUUUCGACUCGGGUGCAGGAGUUUUGGAAGAAGUUUAGCUCCAUUCCUGAGGUAUCAGAACAUUCCGGAAGCGAAAAUACAAACAGCACCAGCCGGCCACAAGCUUCUCCAGAGCCUGCAGGAGAGGAGCAGAGGCCAAGCUUCUCGCUCAGCUUCCGGCGUCCAUUUCUACACCGAAGACGUGAGGGCAGCACGCGGAGUGGACAGGACAGUGGAAGGGGCAGUAUGACCUCGGAAUCAACGCUGGGCCUUCUAAACCAAGAGCGCCUCUCCCUGGCCACAUCGCAUGAGGGCGAGAGCGAUGACGAGAGGAUAGCCGUGCCGAUGGUUGUGCUCCACAACUCUCCCUCAACUACGGCAGACCCGGAAAGAAGUGGAGAACCCGCGCAAAAAUCGCACAAUCCCUUCAAAAUGCCCUCAUUGCUGGAUCGGAGGACGCAGCUAAAAGAAGAUCGCCGGCGCAGCGUGCCGAUCAUCCCGCCGCUGCUCGUCGUCAGCGAGUGCUCCGAAAAUAGCACGAGCAGC